ACGAAGAUGGCGACUGAGGCGCGGAGUGAAGGGGAGGUGCCAGCCCGGGACUCCGGCCGGAGUGAUGCCAUCUGUAAUUUUGUCAUCUGCAAUGAUUCUUCCCUUCGAGGUCAGCCCAUUAUCUUCAAUCCUGACUUUUUUGUGGAGAAACUGCGACAUGAGAAACCUGAGGUGUUUCACCGAGUUGGUGGUCAGCAAUAUCACAAGACUUAUGAUUUACCUGGAACGGAGUUGGCUCAGCUGAUGGGGGAAGUGGACUUAAAGUUGCCUGGUGGGGUCGGCCAGCAUCAGGAUUCUUCCCGGUCCCUAAUGUCUCUCAAGCGGAAGGAAAAAGGAGUGGUAUUCGGAUCCCCACUGACAGAGGAAGGCAUUGCCCAGAUAUACCAACUGAUUGAAUAUCUGCACAAAAACUUGCGAGUAGAGGGUUUGUUUAGAGUACCAGGCAAUAGUGUCCGACAGCAGAUUUUAAGGGAUGCUCUCAAUAAUGGAACUGAUAUUGACUUGGAAUCAGGGGAAUUUCACUCAAAUGAUGUUGCCAUGCUGAAGAUGUUUCUAGGAGAGUUACCGGAGCCCCUGUUGACCCAUAAACAUUUCCAUGCACACCUCAAAAUUGCUGAUUUGAUGCAGUUUGAUGAUAAAGGAAACAAGACCAAUAUACCAGAUAAAGAGCGACAGAUUGAGGCUCUUCAGUUACUCUUCCUCAUUCUUCCCCCACCCAAUCGUAACUUGCUGAAGUUAUUGCUUGAUCUCCUGUACCAGACAGCAAAGAAGCAAGACAAGAAUAAGAUGUCUGCUUAUAACCUUGCCCUUAUGUUUGCACCCCACGUCCUAUGGCCAAAAAUGUGAGUCACUGCAAAUGACCUUCAGGAAAAUAUCACAAAGUUAAACGAUGGGAGCUUUAUGAUCAAACACUCCCAGAAACUUUUUAAGGCUCCUGCUUACAUUCGGGAAUGUGCCAGGUUACACUAUUUGGGCUCCAGAACCCAAGUAUCAAAGGAUGAUCUUGAUCUGACAGCUUCAUGUCAUGCUAAGUCCUUCCAACUGGCAAAAUCUCAGAAACGGAACCGGAUAGAUUCCAGCUCUCAUCAGGAGGAGACCCAGCAGCGUACAGAAGAGGCAUUGAGGGAGCUCUUCCAGCAUGUUCACAAUAUGCCAGAGUCAGCAAAGAAGAAACAGCUUAUUAGACAGUUUUCAAAGCAAUCUUUGACUCAAACACCAGGGCGAGAACCUUCUACUCCUCGGGUGCAGAAGAGGGCCCGUUCCCGCUCCUUCAGUGGGCUUAUUAAGCGCAAAGUCCUGGGAAAUCAGAUGAUGUCAGAAAAGAAAAACAAGUACCCUACUCCAGAAUCUGUGGCCGAGGGUGAAUCGAAGAGAGAUAGGAAAGAGAAUCUAAACUUAGUAUUUUCUGGCUCUCCAGCUAUCAUGAUGACACCAACAAAAUUGAAAUGGUCUGAGGGGAAGAAAGAGGGCAAAAAAGGACUGCCCUGUGCAUCGUGUGAUAUUCAACAGCAUCUCUGGCUUCUACUCACUAGAUACCAGUUGUGACAACCCAAAAUGCCUUCAGACAUUACCAGAUGUCUCUUGAGGGGUAAAAUUUACCCCCAAAUGGGAACAACUGAUUUAGCCUGUAUUUAUUAAUGGAUUUAAAAAAUAACAUUAUUUUCAGCAAUCACAAUCUUACCUGUUUUUUAAGUCCAGCCUAAAGCCCCAGAUCCUCUUUAAAACCUUCUCUGGCUAACCCAGCCAGAUUGAAUUACUUUUUUCCUUUGA